UCGGCAAAGCUUCAACCUUUGUCUCAAAGAAAAAAAAAGGCAAAGCUUCAACCGUACCGUAUCUGUCUCGCUUUCCUUGAACACAGAUCGAUCUACUAUACGGGAGAUUCGGCGGCAUGUCAUAGCCGACGCAUCGAAACCAUCCUCCGGCCAUGACCGCCGACACCUCGGACGACGAAUCCCCGUGGCGGUGCCUGCUGCAACCAGACGUUGUUCGGCUGAUCGGGUGGCGGCUGCUGGCCAGCGACCUGCUCGACUAUGUCCGCUUCCGUGCCACCUGCCGGCAUUGGAGGUCCAGCACCGUCUCCCCACGCGGCAGUGGCAUCGUCGAUCCACGAUUCCAUCCCCGUCGGUGGAUGCUGCUGCCACAGGGGCACGGGCUUCACCCUGGCAACGGCGUGCUACGAUUCUUCAAUCUCUCGACAGGGAUCUUCGUCCGCGCCCGGCUCCCGCUUCUCACGGAUCAUCACGUCCUCGACUCGCCCGAUGGAGUCCUCCUCCUGCAACACAAUCUCGACGACGACGCCCCAAUUCGCGUCCUCAAUCCUCUCACCGGCGACACCGCGGAGCUCCCCGCGCGCACGCCUUCCGUGGAAAUCUAUUUUGAUUCGCUCAUCAAUGAUCAAGAGCAUGCCGCCUCCUUGAGCGUCGGUGCAGACGGAGUCGCCAUGGCCGCCGUCGCACUAUUCAGUCUGUCGACUAUAAUACUUGCUACCACGAGAGAUCGGCGUUGGAGGGUCGCAACAUGGAACCCGCGAUAUAUGGGAGUGCCAUCAGUAUCAUUCCAAGGAAAGAUAUACGCCUUGCGAAGUUCCGCGGAGGUGGGUACAUAUAAGAGGACAGUGCAAAUUUUCCAGAUCGAGCCACAGCUGAUGCGGAUAGGUCCAUCCUACCCAAAGUUGAUUGCAUCAUGUACAAUUGGUGGAAUCGACGACUCUUUUGAUCUGGUAGAAUGUGACUCGGAAAUCCUGUUGAUCCAUACAAAAUACAGUGCGACGUCUCCUGAAUUUCUAGUAUACAAAUUAGCCGACCUUAUUCUGGGUAAGCUUGUCCCGGUGACAAGCAUAGGGGGCAAUGUUCUCUUUGUUGAUGUCGCGAGGAGACAGAGUGUGAGUUCCCGAGCUAUGCUUGGCAAUGGCAUUACAGGUGACGCCGUUGUCUAUCUUGUGCCCUCGUAUGGCCGUCCUCAACAGUACCAGAUCGGUAGUGGUACAUGGUCGGAUGUAGCAGGGGAUGUCUCAGAUGGUGGGACUGUGUCGAGGACUUAUAGCCUCGUUGACCAUAUGUACAACUGUUGCGAUUGUGCCCGUUCAAGCAGAUGAAGGUGAAACGUAGAAGUGAUAUUUAUAGAAGUGAUGAGAUGGCCACAUGGGGUGUAAAUUAUCGUUUUCAUCCUGUACGCGAGAAAGCAGAGGAGCUUGGAUCAAUGACAGACUUUCUUGGCUUUAUUUCUGUACCUUGUGGCUGGUGUGAUUAGUUUAUCUUGGCUUGUAAUAUUUAUCCUUGUAGUAGCUAGCUAUUGCUUCACUUAUUUUAUAAAACAUCAUAUAAUCAUGCAAUCAAUUUUCUCCCGUUU